AUGUCUAAUCAAGGCGUGCCACGGUUCUUGAGUGAUACAAUCAUCUCUUUCAUUGCCAAUGUAGACGCUAAUCAAGAUAAAGCUGAACAGCUUUCGGCGCAAUUGGCAGACGGCAUUGUUGCAAACAAGCUCAAACUUCUUCAGUUGGUGGUUGCACUUAAAGAUAACUUAACCUCUGAGGACAACUCAAAUAGGAGAAAAGCUUUGUUCUGCCUAUCGGGUGUUCUUUCCAAGAUAUCUGAAAGCCGCUUGACUAAAAAGGAGGUGUCUGUACUUUUUGCUUUCUACUUCUCGAAGAUAGAAGAUGAGUUUCUAGUGGAAGAUUCUUUAUUUGGAUUCUGCUCUCUCGUCCAAAUGAGGUACACAACGAUUGGUGAUGUAAGAUCUGUCCUCGACUAUUUGUUGAACCAAUACAAACCUGGAUCGUUUUUGGCACCCGUCAGAUAUUUCACAUUCAAAAUUGUGGAGAACAUAUACGAAAAAUUCAACGAUAUAUUGAAGAAAGAGGACGACUUGACGUAUACAUUUGUGAAGACAUUUCUGCAUAUCGCUAACGGGGAGAAAGAUCCAAAAAAUCUUCUAAUAUCUUUCAAUUUAAACCGUAGGAUAUCCUCCAGUUUAAGCGAUAUCGAUCAGUUCAAGGAAGAUCUUUUCGAUGUACUUUUCUGCUAUUUCCCUAUUACUUUCAAACCGCCAAAAAAUGACCCGUACAACAUUUCUAAUAAUGAUUUAAAAAUCGCUUUGAGAUCAGCUAUCUCCUCAACUUCUCUAUUUGCUGAAGAUGCAUUCGGAAACCUCAUUGAUAAAUUGACAGCUUCUUCCCCUAAUGUUAAAAAUGACACGCUUUUGACUAUCGAAGCCUGUGUCGAUAAUUUUGGCGGUCAGCCUUCCAUGAAGUAUUGGCUUCCACUAUGGAAUGCUCUCAAGUUUGAAAUAAUGCAUGGAAGUGAUGGCGGUGAGGUUACAGCUUCAGAGCCUUUUGGUUCAGUUUCAUCGGAAACAUUUGAGCUAAGCAAUUUCCAAGUGGCAUUGAACAUUUUGAGAUCUUUAGCUAAUCAACUGAUUCAUGUAGACGAGCAUGCGUUUGAUACGUUUUUGUCUCACAUACUUGAAGAGUUGAAGCCUAACUUCCAAUAUGAAAAGGACUUAAAGCAGAGCUGCAGCGUUCUAGCAUCCAUUGGUAGUGCAAACACUACAUCAUUUAACAAGGUUAUUGAGUGUUCAUUGCCGCUAUUUUUAAAAGAUACUUCUGAGAUUCCAAAGCUAAAAUUAGUAAUUAUGAACCUCUCUUUUUUCUUUGAUGCUUAUAUUACAGUAUUUAAUACUGCAGAUCCUGAAAUAAUGAAAAAAAUUCCGGAUGCUUCCUUAAAUCAAUUCAAAGAUGAUAUACUAAUUAUUCUAGGGAAAGCGCUGACCGGUAGCUCGAAAGUUGAAACCACGGUACGAACUUUGGCCGUAAUUCAGUUUACUAAGAUGGUCAAAAUGAAUAAUUACUUGAAUCGCGAAGAAGUUGCUCUGAUCCUGCAGUAUCUGACUGAUACCAUCCUGACGGACACUAACAAGACGACUUAUCACACAUGCUUGGAGGGACUGAAAACCAUUGGUGAAAGUUAUGAAGAACUGGUUUACUCGGUCUCGUUGAAAAGUUUGCUCGAUCUCUUACCUGUAACUCCAAUUGCAGAUAUUCAUUUGUCAAACAAUGAACCAGUAGAGAAAGAACACAUUCUCAAAGUUAUUUUGGACUUCACAACGUCUAAACAUACGUUAAUCAGAGAAAGCUUAUGCGGAUUAUCAGAGAAACUUUCUUUGGUUGCUUCUCAACAAAAUGCCGGGAGAUACUGCUUUUUGAUAAUAUCUUCUUUAUACACUCUUUUGGUAAACAACAUCAACAUGAUAAGGGAGGAAGAUUCAAGUUUGAUCAAAGCCACGAUUGAAACAAGGCUUCUCUCAGCGUUAGAAACACACGGUGAUAUUCUGCUAGAUAAUCACAAUUUAAUGUUAUUGUCGAAUGUUUUAUUUUUCAUUAAUCUAAAAACGGCGAAGGAGACACAUCAAACACAGCUGAUAAAGUAUCAAAAACAUUUCAUUGAUGAUUUAGAUAUUCUCAAUGCACCUUCCCAACUAGUCGUUCCGUUUGUGAAAUUGAUAUGUGCCCUUGAUAAAGAUUCUGAAUUCGAUGGUGUUGAGGAAGUUUUCAAAAAAACACUUGCUCUGGUGAGUGACCGUCUCUCUUGUAUCAAAGAUUCCCAAAGAUUAGGUUAUUUGGAGUUGCUCAUGAUUCUAUCCAACAAGUGGCUCAAGGAAGACUCAAUAAGAGCCCACUGUGAUUGGAAAGAUAAUUCAAGGAAAAACUUGGAAACUUUAAUUUGGAUCAAUAAAGGACUAUUGAUGAAAAACUCAUCUUUAGCUGUGGAAUUCAACAAUAAUUUUCUCACAUUAUUGUCAGAUAAGACUAAUGGCUCUUAUAUUGCCAAACUUUUCGAAAUAUUUGUCAUAGAUAUCGUUUCGAUGGAAAGGUACAAAGGAAACUCCUGGUGUAAUAAUACAAAGACUUUAUACAAGCAAAAGUUUUUCGGUGAGAUUUUUCACAGCUUAGUUAAAUCUUAUAAGGAUGCUUCUGAUCCCAUGUUAAAGUCUAAUUACUUAACAGCUCUAUCGCUUGUAUUGAAACAUACUCCAAGUCAACUUAUCGAAACACAUAUGGAUGAAAUGUUGCCGAUGCUAUUGCAAGCACUGGACUUACCAAUAUCUGAUGUUGUCAUUUCAGCACUUGAUACCUUGAAAGACACAGCAGAAAAAUUUCAUCAACUAAUCUCGCCGCAAGCUCAAACGCUAGUGAAAUCUUUAUUGAAACUUUCGGUUCCCGGUAACUAUAAUAAUGUCGUGGUCAGGUUAAAAUCUUUAGAGCUCUUAGAGACUCUAACUAAAAUUGUGCCCUUAAAUUACACUUUGCCAAUGAAGAAAGAGAUAAUUUCAUCGCUGGAAUCGGUUUUAGACGAUAAUAAAAGAGUCGUCAGGACUCAAUGUGUUAUCACCCGUCAAGCUUUUUUUGAAUUGGGGCAAGUCCCUUUCGAAUAA